AUGUGGGAAGACAACAACCCCCUUUCCUACGGCGCUUCGCCGCCGGGGUCACCGUAUGGUCAUAUCCAGUCACCAUUUAGCCAUCACCGACCGUCGUCUCCGAGCGCUGAAUCAUCUGAAAAUGACGAGGUUCCGGAUUUCACGAGCAAACCGAGAGAUCUUUCGGAGGAUAACGCGGAGGCACCGGAUACUGCUCCUGGAAGAACAGUACACGACGAAAAUGAUGAUGAUAUUGAUGAAGAGGAAGAGGAUUACUAUGGUGGGAGAAGGAAGAAAGGGGGGUAUACCAGCAGAGCCGAGCAGAUAAUGUGGGAAAACAAGGAUUUGGAGAUUUAUAUUGUUGAUGCUGGUAAGAAUGUUGAUGGGAGUGGAGGGAAUUUUAUUGUUUAUACGAUACGGACUGGAGAUCUGGAAGUUCGAAGACGGUACUCAGAGUUCGCAUCUUUGAGAGCGAAUCUAGUGCUUUUGCAUCCUACGUUGAUCAUCCCACCAAUACCAGAGAAACACUCAAUGUCAGAUUAUGUAGCUGCACCGACAAGGGCAAAAGAGGAUCAGGGGAUAAUCGAACACAGAAGACGUAUGCUGGGUGUCUUUCUCAAUCGCUGUGCGAGGAUGAAGCAGAUACGAAAGGAUUCGGUUUUUCUACGGUUCUUGGACCCUAAUGCUAGCUGGAGCGAGGUUCUCCAUUCAGCUCCGAUAUCUGGCCUACCGAAGCAUCCAUUACGGGCACCCCCAAUAGAUCCGGCACGACCCUCGCCAGCUCAUCAGUAUCUCCCGAUUCCACCAGCAAAUGCGAAGCUAAAGCAUAUCCCCUCACCUCCCACAUCGCCACAAGAUUCUCGGCCUUCGGGGUUCACACAUGUUCGCAGUCUCCCGUCGCCAAGUGCAAAUUUAUCAGAAGCUGAACUGGACCCUUAUUUCAUCACAUAUGAAGGAAACACUCGUGCCUACGAAACUUUACUCACAUCCGGCGUGGAAAAGGUGAAUCGUAGAAUGCUUAAUAGGCUUUCUAACCUUUCAACCGAUCUAGCGGAGCUGGGCGCACGGUACAAUGCAUUUUCAUUAUCCGAACCUGCUCCCACGCUGGGGCCCGCAAUAGAGAAAGUUGGGCAGGCAGUUGAUUCUACUUACUUGGCGACUGAGGAACUGGCGGCUGGUCUCGCAUCUGGGUUUACGGAGCCUAUUCGGGAAUCGGCGCAGUUUGCGGGAGUGGUGAGGAAUGUGCUGAAGUAUAGGAUGAUGAAGAGGGUUCAAGAGGAGAUUACGAGGGAUGAAUUGGCGAAAGCAAAGAUGAAGCUUGAACAGUUGGAGAAGAGUGAGUUGGAGGCUAGAAGAAUUGAGCAUUACCUUGCGGGGAGUGGGGUUGCUGCGCCGCCGAGUGUAGAGGCACAGAGAAGGAAUUCGGAGAGUAGUUUGAAUCAGCAACAACAGGGCGGUGGUGGUGGGGGUAGUAGGAGUAGUGGGGAUUCGGAUGCUGGGAGCGUGGAUAGUGAUUUCCCACCAACACAUUCGAGCCCCAUGCCGCCGCCGAUUUCGACGACACCGGUACCGUAUCCUCAAGGACCACAGCAAGGAGGGGCUGGCGGGGUGUCACCGCAGCAUAGGAAGGCUAGUUCAUUUUCGAAUCCGUUGUCUUACCCUGUGUCCAAGAUCUUUGGGAAGUUGACGCAUGCGGUAUCUGGAAUUGUGGAUGCAGAUCCAGAGACUACAAGGCGGAAUAAUAUUGGAAAGACAAGGGAGACCUUGGUGCAGUUAGAAGCAGCGCUCCAGGUGUCUGGAAGAGAUGUGGAGGAGGCAGGAAAGAGUGUCCUCGCGGAUCUACACCGAUUCCAGGCGGAGAAAGAGGAGGAUAUGAAGAAACUGAUGGUCAACUUUGCAAAGUGCCAAAUCGAAUGGGCGAAGAAGAACCUAGAUUCUUGGGAGGAAGCGAAAGCUGAGGUUGAUAAGAUUACUGUGAGGUAA